UUGAUACAGGUCUAAAACUAUGAGAAGAAGCCUUAAAAAGGAUAUGAGGACACGCUGCCUUUAAGACCACGCGAUACUAAUCGAUGAGUCGUCUAUCUAGGACUCGGUAGUUGAUGUUUUGGGGCUGGGUUCCCCUCGUGGACUUCUGAGGAAGCCGGCCCGGGACCGCGGUUCCUGCACACCUCGCCAGGUUUUCGUUACUCUGUCGGGUGUCCGCAGAGGCCGGAUCGGGGCCUCGGGCCGCUAAACCGCACGUUCUUGUGAGCAAGUCUUGGUGUAUCCCGCCAUGGCUCAGCUCCAGGCGCGCUUCUUCACCGACCACAAGAAAUAUGUAGUAGAUGAUGUUCCCUUCUCAAUACCUGCCACCUCUGAAGUUGCUGACCUUAGUAACAUCAUCAAUAAAUUGCUGGAGGCCAAAAAUGAGUUCCACAAAUAUGUGGAGUUUGAUUUCCUUAUUAAGGGCCAGUUCCUUCGAAUGCCCUUGGCCAAACACAUGGAACUGGAGAAUAUUUCAACGGAAGAGGUUGUGGAACUAGAAUAUGUGGAAAAGUAUACUGCACCCCAGCCAGAGCAAUGCAUGUUCCAUGAUGACUGGAUCAGUUCAAUUGAAGGCACAGAGGAAUGGAUUUUGACUGGUUCAUAUGAUAAGACUUCCCGGAUCUGGUCCUUGGAAGGAAAAUCAAUAAUGACAAUUGUGGGACACAUAGAUGUUGUAAAAGAUGUAGCUUGGGUGAAAAAAGACAGUUUGUCUUGCUUACUAUUGAGUGCAUCUAUGGAUCAGACUAUUCUCUUAUGGGAGUGGAAUAUAGAGAGAAACAAGGUGAAAGCACUACACUGCUGCAGAGGUCAUGCCGGAAGUGUGGAUUCUAUAGCUGUUGAUAGCUCAGGAACUAAAUUUUGCAGUGGCUCCUGGGAUAAAAUGUUAAAGAUCUGGUCUACAGUCCCUACAGAUGAAGAAGAUGAAAUAGAGGAAUCUACAAAUCGGCCAAGAAAGAAACAGAAAACAGAGCAGUUGGGGCUAACAAGGACUCCCUUGGUGACCCUUUCUGGCCACACAGAAGCCAUUUCCUCAGUCCUGUGGUCAGAUGCUGAAGAAAUCUGCAGUGCAUCUUGGGACCACACGAUUAGAAUCUGGGAUGUUGAGUCUGGUGGUGUUAAGUCAACUUUGACAGGAAAUAAAGUGUUUAAUUGUAUUUCCUAUUCUCCACUUUGUAAACGUUUGGCAUCUGGAAGCACAGAUAGGCAUAUCAGACUGUGGGAUCCUCGAACUAAAGAUGGUUCCUUGGUAUCACUCUCCCUGACUUCACAUACAGGCUGGGUCACCUCAGUCAAGUGGUCUCCCACCCAUGAACAGCAACUGAUUUCAGGCUCUUUAGAUAACAUUGUCAAGCUGUGGGAUACAAGAAGCUGUAAGGCUCCUCUUUAUGAUUUGGCUGCUCAUGAAGACAAAGUUCUAAGUGUAGACUGGACAGAUGCAGGGCUACUUCUAAGUGGAGGAGCAGACAACAAAUUGUAUUCCUACAGAUAUUCACCUACCACUUCCCAUGUUGGGGCAUGAAAAAUGAGCCAUAAUUUGAUUAGAAGGACUUUAUAAAUGAAAUUGGUAGAGACUCAUCGUAUUGCAUUGAUGCAGCUUCAGAAAGCGGCCUUGCAAAUUAAACUUUGCAGAAUAAUUCCAUCCUUAGUAAAGUUAACUUAUCAUGAUCUUUUUCUCUUUUGUUUAUAAAGUAUAAUGUUGGCCUAA